AUGGAUGAAUAUCCUGGAAGUUAUGGAUGCAUAUCCUGGAAAUUCGAUCCGAUGAAUCCAGGUCUCGGAUUUCCGGAUUCUGCCAGAAGUUUUUUUAAAGGAUUAAUGGCAUACAUGAAAAAUCAAAGAGCGGCCCGACUCGGGUUUUUCAAAUUAAAAAUUCUGAAUUUUCAAAUUAAAAAAAGGAAAGACAGGAACAAAAUGACUGUGAAUCCAAGCCAUACCAAUCCGGGCCGGUCCAAGAAAGUUCUGAAAAAAUAUUUUCUUAAAACUACAUCUUUAUUUUCCCCGCUCAUCAUUUGGUUUCAAAAGGUUGUCAUCAUCACCCAUCCAUCCGAUCUCGGGAGGUCGAGUAGUUAA